CUGGCUUCGUCCCCCAGAGCUCCUGUCAGAAAUGUCUAAUGCAAAAGAAAGAAAACAUGCUAAGAAAAUGAGAAACCAGCCCACCAAUGUGACUUUAUCCUCUGGCUUCGUGGCUGACAGAGGUGGAAAGCACCAUAAUGGAGGUGGAAAAACUUUCCAAGCUCGAAAACAUGAGCCAUAUUCUGGAACUUCACAGCAACGGCAAACCAAAAUGACCCACCAUGCACCACCUGAGCCUGAUGUGAAUGAACAGUCUUGCUCUAAAGUAAUGUUUAAAAAAAAGGGAGGAUGGAAAGCAGGUUCCGAGGGCACUUCUCAGGAGAUUCCCAAGUAUAUAACUGCUUCUACUUUUGCUCAAGCCCGAGCUGCUGAAAUCAGCACUAUGUUGAAAGCAGUGACCCAGAAGUCUUCUAAUUCACUGGUUUUUCAGACUCUGCCACGGCACAUGAGACGAAGAGCCAUGAGCCACAAUGUCAAACGCCUUCCUAGACGGUUACAGGAGAUUGCCCAGAAAGAGGCAGAGAAAGCAGUACAUCAGAAAAAAGAACAUUCAAGAAAUAAGUGCCAUAAAGCUCGAAGGUGUCACAUCAACCGGACGCUAGAAUUUAACCGUAGACAAAAGAAGAACAUAUGGUUAGAAACUCAUAUCUGGCACGCCAAACGGUUUCACAUGGUCAAGAAGUGGGGCUACUGCCUCGGGGAGAGGCCCACGGCCAAGAGCCACAGAGCCUGCUAUCGAGCCAUGACUGACCGUUGCCUCCUUCAGGAUUUAUCUUACUACUGUUGUUUGGAGUUGAAGGGCAAAGAGGAAGAAAUACUAAAGGCACUGUCACCAAUGUGUAGCGUAGACACAGGAUUGACUUUUGCCGCAGUUCACUGCUUGUCUGGAAAGCGCCAAGGUAGCCUCGUGCUCUACCGGGCAAAUAAAUAUCCCAGAGAAAUGCUGGGGCCUGUUACCUUUAUUUGGAAGUCUGAGAGGACCCCUGGUGGCGCUUCGGAGAGCAGGCAGUUGUGGAUCUGGCUUCAUCCAACUCUCAAACAGGAUAUCUUAGAGGAAAUAAAAGCAGUGUGCCAGUGUACGGAACCCAUCAAAUCUGCUGUCUGCAUCCCAGACCCCCCUCUGACACCAUCCCAAGAAAAAAGCCCAAUGGAACUGCCUGAGGAGAAAAUUGGCAGGAAAAGAAAACGGAAAGAUGAUGGAGAAAAUGGUAACCCAAUUAAAAAAGUCAUUGGUGACGGAACUAGAGAUCCACAUCAGCCAUAUUCUUGGAUCUCUCCAGCCACAGGCAUUAUAAUCAGUGAUUUGACGAUGGAGAUGAACAGAUUCCGGCUGAUUGGUCCACUUUCCCAUUCCAUCCUCACUGAGGCACUGAAAGCUGCUUUUGUCCACACCGAGGGAGAGGACACAGAGAAAACACCUCACCACUGGUGGAUUGAAACCUGUAAGAAUCCGGAUAGCGUCUCCCUUCAUCACAGACAAGAAGCCAUUUUUAAACUGUUGGGAGGAAUAACAUCACCAGCAGAAAUUCCAGCAGGUACUAUUCUGGGACUGACAGUUGGGGAUCCUCGAAUAAAUUUGCCUCAGAAGAGGUCCACAGUUUUGCCUAAUCCAGAAAAAUGCCAAGAUAAUGAGGAAGUUAGACAGCUCCUUCUGGAGGGUGUGCCUGUGGAGUGUACGCAUAGCUUUAUUUGGAACCAAGCUAUCUGUAAGAGUGUCACAGAGAAUAAAAUCUCGGAUCAGGAUUUAAACCGGAAGAGGAGUGAGUUGCUGGUGCCCGGGUCACAGCUUGUUUUAGGUCCCAGUGAAUCCAAGAUACCUAUACUUCUAAUUCAACAGCCAGGGAAAGUGACUGGUGACGACCGACGAGGCUGGGGAAGUGGCUGGGAUGUCCUGCUCCCAAAGGGCUGGGGCAUGGCUUUCUGGAUUCCAUUUAUCUAUCGAGGUGCAAGAGUUGGAGGAUUAAAAGAGGCUAUAGUGCAUUCUCAGUAUAAAAGGUCACCUCACAUCCCAGGUGAUUUCCCAGACUGCCCUGCUGGGAUUCUGUUUGCUGAAGAGCAAGCUAAGACUCUUCUUGAAAAGUACGAAAGACGCCCUCCUGCAAAACGGCCCAACUAUGUUAAGCUUGGCACUCUGGCACCUUUCUGUUGUCCCUGGGAGCAGUUAACUCGAGACUGGGAAUUAAGAGUCCAGGCCCAGGAGGAAUUGUCCGUAGCUUCCUGCCCAGGUGGUGAGGAGAGUGACCUGAGAAGAGACGAUGUGCCUUGUGCUCCCCUGCCUGAAAUGACUCGUCAGCUGUCCGAUGAAGUGGGUUCAUCCCUAAAUGACUCCAGUGAGCCCGAAGGAGUAAUGGACACAGAGUGUCCAGCCCAGGCGGGGACUGGGUGGGUAACGGGCGAGGACCGUCUCCUUUGCGUUCUUAGGAGCAGACCAUCACUGAAGCAGCUGUCAGCCUGGUGUGGGCCUAGCGCUGGGGACGGUCGGGUAGCCCGGCGAGCUCCUGGCAGAGAGCAGCAAGAAUUGACCAGAGAGGCCUGCCUGGCCAUCUUGGACCGCUUCCCUAGGGCCCUGGUUUGGGUUAGCCUGUCCCUGCUCAGAAAGGGCAGCCCCGAGCCACACACCAUGAUCUGUGUCCCAACCAAGGAGGACUUCCUCCAGCUCAGUCGGGAUCGGCUUUACUGUGGGCCCCAGGAAUCCAAGCACAGCGACCCAUUCAAGAGCAAGAUCCGGGAAGAGAAAGAGAAGAAGAAAAUAGAGAAGAGGAAGAACCGAGGGCAUGCUGUGUCUGAGGGCCUGGUGGGGGAGGACUCUGCAGCUGGGCGCCAAGCUCUGACCCUGGGCUUGUGGUCAGGCCCUCUCCCAGUUGUGACUUCUCACUGCUGCAGAGUUCUCCUUGGCUUUGUCACACAGGGAGAUUUUUCCAUGGCUGUUGGUUGCGGAGAAGCCCUGGGGUUUGUUAGUUUGACAGGCUUGCUGGAUAUGCUGUCCAGCCAGCCAGCAGCAGAGAGGGGCCUCGUGUUACUGAGGCCUCCUGCCUCUCUGCAGUAUCGAUUUGCAAGAAUUGCUAUCGAGGUGUGAAUGCUGGUUCACAUCCUUGCAGGGUAUAGAUAAUAACUGUGUUUGCCAAGUCCUACAAUUGGAGAAUUUUGUUUUCACUAUCUUGUUUCAAAAUAUGUGAAAUUCCUUAGAAACAAGAAUAAAAACAUUAUGUAUUAUGCAAAUAAAGUGUUUACAUCAUACCAGUAAUCUCAUUGAUUUCCAUCUUUCCCUGUCCUUGCUGUAAUACUUUAAAAUUAUUUGGCAUAUAUAACCAAAAGCUUUUGCAUUUUGAUUUCUUGGUCUGUGUAAUUCUUGCUGAAAAUAAUGCAAAGCUCUACAUUUUCUUGUCUCCUUUUUUAUUAGGAGCAAAGGGCUGUCAAAUCUGUUUGAAAAACUUUGUAGUCAUGUGAUAAGCAACGAUGGUUGUGUAAUGAUUUGAUGUUACAGAAGAGGAAAGGACUGUAAACAUCUGGCCUCUGUAUGUGAACGAUGGGCCCCGUCUGGGCUGUGUUCAAUGCUCUACUGUAAUCAGCAUGCCUAGGAAAUGGUGGGAAAUUGAUUGCUGCCCCUCCUCAGGCAAGCUCCGUUUAUGGCAGAAGUGUUGGGGUAGAAUUAGAAUGGGGGUCUGUGAUUUUGUGACUCCUUGUCCUUUUUGUUGUUGACCAACACUUGAUCCUAGGAGUUAAUUUUUCUGUGCUUUUUGUUUCUGCAGAGAAUUUCUCAAAGCCAUACAGAAGCAUUUCUCAAAAUAUGUUCUAUGAAAUGUGUUACCUAAAAAAAGAGAUUCCAGGUCAGAUUGAUUUGGGAAACUCUGGGUUAAAUAGUUAAGCAUUUCUUUUUAAAGGACUUCUAGAACCUUCCAUGUGAUGAUGUACAUUGUGAAUCUCCAGGAAGUGGAUAAUAUUUUCUAAAUAGUAUUUUCUAAAUCUUUUUGAUCCCAAAACUCCUUUUAGAAGGAGCCCUUUGUAGCCACUAGUGUUCCUUGGAACAUGCUUUGGGAAAUGUGGCUGUACAGUGUAGUGCUCACCUCUGCAAGGUGGUAACUAACACGACAGGCUGCUUUUAAACAUAAAAGCAGUCACGUUGU